AUGGCCUCCGUCCAGUUCUCGUCACUUAUUUCGCAACUAUUUUCUAAUCAGACAAGGUCAACUUACGAUGCCGCCUCAGCAUUUCCCUCCUAUGCCGCUGUCUUCAUUGCAAAUGCUGUAGCGGCAGCGGCCGAGGAAUCCGAGUUUUCAUGGCUCAAUCCUUUGACUUGGAAGUGGACCUACACAACUGAGAGUCAUCUCUUCGCCUUAGUCACCACCAGGCCUAAUCAAGAUCUACUUCCUCCUCAAAAGACCAUAUCCUCUCACCUCUUCUUUGGCGUCUUCUUCUUUUGUCUUAAUUCACUUUUCCUCUUGUUGAUGUCGCCUUUUCCUCGUACUACCCGUAGGAAACAGUUUGUAGCUUUUCCACUCUUGGCUAUAUUAUUACUUGAACCCUUGCUGUUUAACAAUCCUUCUGAAUUAGGACAGAUGUGCAUAUCCGUAAUAGCCAUUGCGACUGGAACAAGGAUGGUGGAUCUCUACUAUGUUCAGCCCUGGACUGGAAUCCCUAGUCGCUACUAUUUAAACAGCCCAUCCACAACUUCAACAUUGAACUCAACAGCACGAUCCAAAAAAGAUCUAAACGAAAAAGACAGACCAACUAGCAACGCGGACUCCUCCCCAUUAUCCACCUCUGCUUCAAACUCACCUUCAACUUCGUCACUUUUGAGCAAGUCUUUAGUAGAUGACAACUUUUUGAUGUGGGAUAUGGAUCGGCUCAAAAUGGAAUUAUGGUUUCCUUUUCGUCGAUUCUCGUCACAUCCAGGUGGAAAGUGGCUACGCUGGCAGGACCUCGUUCCAGUGAGCUUUGUGUACAAUCUUAUUCUUGACUAUGAUAUUUACUAUAUAUCCCAGUACACAUCCGACGGACUGGAUCAACUACCUAUCCUCCAUUAUGGGCUAUGUAUGUCUGCCAUUGGAAUAUUUAUCAUGAUCCAUCUCCUCUGGAUCUAUGUGACCGUGGCCAUGAUCUAUUCCAUGUGCACAGGUCGACGUCUCAGCACCAAAGAAUGGAGCAUGCUGGAGAACAGACUUCCGUGCUUUGCAUUGACGCCUGUUGAUUUCUGGAGGAAUUGGCAAACCGUUUUUCGAUACCUAUGGGUUGAUCUUGGGUUCCUUCCUGUACAGCGAUAUUGCAAGCAGCAUCUUGGUCCAGAUCGUCUUGGUCAUGCGUUUGCUAAGGUGCUAAGGCAAGCCCUCCCAGCUCUCUCAGUCUUUGCUCUGUCAGCCAUCUUACGUGCCUAUAUUGUUUACGCUGUCUGGCGUGAGCCCAUAUGGAGCCAAUUGCUCUAUUUUACUCUUCAGGGUAUUGCAGUGGUACUGACAAGAACAGUGGAAAUGACGCCUGUGGGUGCUUGGAUCAAAGACACAUAUAAUAAGGGAGGUCGCUCAAGUCGAUGGAUAUGGACAGCAUUGGGUCUGUCAAUGAUGGCAUUCUUCCAUACACUUACGCUUCCUUUCUUUGUGCAUCCAUACAAAACUCACAACAUAUGGCUGCCUCUAAGGCAGAGAAGUGUUUUGUGGUGGAUGUUUGUAGAUAUCGAAUCUCGCAAGCUGUGGCACCCGCUGCUAAAUGGCCCUGACUCAAAUGGUUUCCAAAGCAGUGACAGCCUUCAAGCCCUUCUUAAUAACCAAUGGCUCGUUGUUUUUGGGGAAGCGCUGGAUGAGAGCCAGGGCUUUUUGAAAAAGAGUUUGUAA